GCACACUGACAGCCAUUGGUAAAUGAAAGGAAUUGCGUCGUCUGUGUCAAAGCCAAUCGACUCGCUCUCGGGGUCGGGAAGGGGAACGAGCGCGAAUGGCACAAAUGGGACCUGAUAAAAAGGGGGCGCGUGCUUCAGAAGCGUAGCAGUGAAACAGCAGAGCACGGGGUACCACAACUGCAUCAGCGCGUGGGACAGCGGACACACCACCGGCUGACAGUCUGCUGAUGUGAACUUCCCGACCAUCUUCUCAUCAUUGCUUCCGGUAAAGAGCGUCAGCUGCAUACUGUUGAGGCUGCCCAGAGCAGGAGAAGCAGGAUAAAGCUGCGUUGUUGGAGAGAGGAUCAGAGACGCAGAGAGCGAGAGUGAGUCUGUCUAAACAUCCCAGGAAGAUGAAGAAAAGCAGGAGUGCACAGGGGGUUACACCAGGCGACGAGCAUAAGGAUCCUCCUGUGGGCCAAUUUUCCGCAGGCAACACACUCGGGGUAGAGGUGUGCAAAGUCCACAGGCGGUUUUCUGGCAACCUACAGCUGCCUCCGUUGUCAUGGCGACAAGCGGAAAAGGAGAGGGACAGAGGCAGGCCGCUAACACCUGAAGAAGAUCCAGUGACCCGGACCAGACCCACAAGUCUGCCCAUCUCCUCCCUGCCCCGCAUCGACAUCACAGAGGCUGACCCUGACAGCUUUGAAGGGGAAAAUGGUCCAUCGUUGUGCUGUAGUCCUUCAGACCUGCAGGCAUCUCCGGGUUCUGGUCUGGUCCUACAUCCCAACCUGGCAAGCCAUGGCCAGCGGCGGGAGUCCUUCCUGUACCGCUCUGACAGCGACUACGAACUAUCGCCAAAGUCCUUGUCUCGAAACUCUUCCAUUGUUGGAGAACUGCAUGGAGAGGACAUGAUUGUGACUCCCUUUGCUCAGGUUCUUGCAAGCCUUCGGACUGUCAGGAACAAUUUCACCACCUUGACAAAUGUACAAUGUGCAUCCAAUAAAAGGUCUCCUGCUGCGAAUCAGCCUUCUCUCACCAAAGUCUGUCUGUCAGAUGAGUCCUACCAGAAGCUGGCUAUGGAGACCAUGGAGGAGCUGGACUGGUGUCUUGACCAGUUGGAGACCAUUCAGACCUACCGCUCUGUCAGUGACAUGGCUUCCACCAAGUUCAAGAGAAUGCUGAACCGGGAGUUAAGCCACCUGUCUGAGAUGAGUCGCUCAGGCAACCAAGUGUCAGAGUACAUCUCCAACACCUUCCUAGACAAGCAGAAUGAGUUGGAGCUUCCAUGUCCAGUUCCUAGGUCGAGGGAAAGGAAGAUGAGAAAGGGCCAGCAGCAGCAGCAACAGCAGCAGCAGCAGGAGCAGCAGCAGCAGCAGCAGGGUGGGAUGAUGACGCAGAUCAGUGGGGUGAGGAAGGUCAGCCACACACCCAGCUUCUCUGGAAGCACCAGCAAUCGUUUUGGGGUCAAGACGGACCAGGAGGAACUGCUGACGAAGGACCUGGAGGACAUCAACAAAUGGGGCCUGAAUAUCUUCAAAGUGGCUGAGCACUCCCACAACCGCCCGCUGACAUGCAUCAUGUACAGCAUCUUUCAGGAGCGAGAUCUGAUGAGGACUUUCAAGAUUCCAACGGACACCUUUGUGACGUUCAUGCUGACCUUGGAGGGCCACUAUCAUUCUGACGUGGCCUACCACAACAGCCUGCAUGCCGCUGACGUAGCCCAGUCCACACAUAUCCUCCUGUCCACUCCUGCACUUGAUGCUGUCUUCACUGAUCUAGAGAUCUUAGCAGCCAUUUUUGCUGCAGCCAUUCACGACGUGGACCACCCAGGAGUGUCCAACCAGUUCCUCAUCAACACCAAUUCUGAGCUGGCUCUGAUGUACAACGAUGAAUCAGUGCUGGAGAACCACCACCUGGCCGUGGGCUUCAAGCUGCUGCAGGAGGACAACUGCGACAUCUUCCAAAACCUCACCAAAAAGCAAAGACAGACACUACGGAGGAUGGUUAUUGACAUGGUAUUGGCAACUGACAUGUCUAAACACAUGAGCCUGCUGGCUAAUCUGAAGACGAUGGUGGAAACCAAGAAAGUGACCAGCUCUGGAGUCCUGCUGUUGGACAACUACACAGACAGAAUGCAGGUUUUGCGUAACAUGGUUCACUGUGCAGACCUGAGCAACCCAACCAAGCCUCUGGAUUUGUACCGACAGUGGACAGACAGGAUCAUGGAUGAGUUCUUCCACCAGGGAGACAGAGAGAGGGAGAGGGGGAUGGAGAUCAGUCCGAUGUGCGACAAACACACAGCUUCAGUGGAGAGAACACAGGUUGGCUUCAUCGAUUACAUUGUCCACCCCCUGUGGGAGACGUGGGCUGACCUGGUCCACCCUGAUGCCCAGGAUAUCCUGGACACGCUUGAGGACAACAGGAACUGGUACCAGAGCAUGAUCCCCGAAAGUCCCUCCCCUCCCUUCUAUACCAGCGACGGGGAAGGUGUUCCACCUGGGGAAGAGGAAGGCGGACCUGUGGGGAAUAAAUUUCAGUUUGAGCUGACGCUGGAUGACCAGGAUAGACAGUGUGGAGACGAGGAGAACGUGAUGAUGGAGACAGCUGACGGUGUGAUACUCCAAGACGACGCCUCUGAACAGGACGGGGCAGAAAUGGCCACAAGUGACGUCUCCCCAGCAGAAACAUAGCUGAACUAAUGGUGUUCUUAGAGUGCAGCAAGUUUUGCUGUUUUGGCUGAAUUCAUUUAAUUGCAGUUGAGCAAUCCUGCAAUCUGGCUCUUUGGAGCUGCCUGGCAGAGAGGGGCUGACUGCAUGUGGGGCAUCCCUGCUAACAAGGUUUGGAGACCCUGUGGCAGUUUGUUUUUCAGCCCCAUGGGAGGGAGCUGGAAGAGGUCUGUUCUUUAAAGAAGGGACUACCGUCAGACUGCAGAGGCAGGGUUGAAUCUCACAGACAAGGUGAAGUGGAUGAUAUGGAUCCAUGUACUGGGACUAGUAAAAAUUCUAAACUUGCACUUGAGGUUUUUUAUGUUUAUGUUUAAUUCUUUGCAUUGUGUUGGGAUUAGAUGCCACCUGGUGAAGUGUCCAACCAAAAACUACUGGUCAGCUUCAAGCUAAGAGUUAUUUGUACCUGAGCAUUUUUUUCUAACACUUAUUUAACAAAAGAAAGAAAGCUGUGUGCCUUUUUUAAACAACCGUGUCUUUUUGUAAGUGUUUUUAUAAUUUAUUGAAAACAUUUAUGUAGCUGAAGAAUGUGUCAAAAUGUUUUCAGAAAGGACACAUUUGUCUCACACAGUCUUCCUAAUGUUCUGGCAAUAGUAUGAGCUUGUUCUCACAAAAGCAUUCAGUGGAUGUAUUUCUAAAAUCAGACGACUUCCCAGCACAAUUUGCACUUUGUGGCAUAGGACAAAGAGAGCGUAAAAAACAACGAUAAUUUACAGUAUUGUCAACAUGUAAAACCAAAAUAUUUUGAUUUAUUCAACAGUUUUUUUCUCUCCAAUAACUAAUAAUUCAUGGAUCAAAUCACUUGAAAGUGGAAAAAACUUUUUUAUUUUUGAGUCCAAAAAGAAAAAAUCUCCAAAGAUCCUGUAAAGAAUGCACUUUGAAGAUUCCACUGCCACCUCUGAAGAGUGUGAUCCCAUGUAACUAAUAAUACCUGUAACAAUCCAACUUCCGACCAGAAGUAAAAUUGAACCUAGACAUCGUUGUGUAGCAACUGCAUGAAGAGAUAAGGCAAAUGAAAGCCAAUAAUUAAGUGAAAUUUCACCAAAAAUGUGUAUAUCACAAAGGAAAAAAGUCUCCUCACCUUGUAUUGUGCUGAGCUAUCCCCGUAUGGAAAAUCAGUUUCCACCUUGUUAUUCACCUGUUUCAUUAGCUUUUGAACUUUGAGUGACUUGAAGACUGUGUGCACAGUUA